UAAGAAACUUGUAUAAAGAAUUAUUUUGAUUGAUUGAGUCCAUAAAUGAAGAAUUGAGGGUUUGAAUUUUAAUCAUCAGAACAAAGGUAGUAGAAGAAGAAUUACUUACCCCUUAAGAAGAUUAAUCUCAUGAUUACUAGAUACAAGGAUACCCUAGUGAGUCCAUUCCUAUUUCCUAGUUCCUUUCCUAUAUAAAGAGAGUAUUAAUAUGCUAACUAACCAACCAUUCAGAUUCAGUUACAAUUCCAACCAACCCAAUAACUUCCUAAACAAGUCUUCUCUUUUUCUUCUCUUGUUCUUCUUCAUCAUCAAGAAAAUGAGGAGAUUCUUCAUCUUCAACCCAUGGAUCAUAGUUGCAUUCAUUGUAUUCCUUCCUGUUCUUGUCUCUCUCAGAAACCCAAGAGGAGAACCUGAACCAGAAAACACCAUAACACAAACAACUUCAUCUUCUUCUUUCUCUCAUACUUCUUUUCGUUCAGUCAUUUUAGCAGCCAAUACUUUUCCAUUUGAUUUCAAUCAAAGAAUCAGAGAUGGUUCCAAUCUUCAAUAUAAUUUCUAUAGGGAUUCUUGCCCUCAAGCUGAAGAUAUUGUUCGUUCCGCUGUUACCGAUAUCUACUUUGAUCAUAGAGACCUUGCACCUUCUCUUCUUCGUCUUUUCUUUCAUGAUUGCUUCAUCCAGGGAUGUGAUGCUUCCUUGCUAUUGGAAGACAAUGGUGAUAGAAACGGUUCCUAUGAGAAGCAGGCUAUUCCAAAUCAAACAUUGAAAGGUUUUGACAAAGUUGACUUGAUCAAGGAAGAGGUGGAGCAAGCAUGUCCCGGCGUUGUUUCUUGUGCUGACAUACUUGCUCUUGCCGUAAGAGAUUCCGUUCUUUUGGGUGGUGGGCCUUUCUAUCCAGUUUUAACAGGCAGACGAGAUAGCCUGCAAUCGUUUUUCCAGGAGGCAACUGAUCAGAUUCCAAGGCCUGACGAUAGCAUUAUGCGCACACUUCAAUUCUUCAAUCUUAGAGGAUUCAACGCACGGGAAACAGUCAGCCUCCUUGGAGGACACAACAUUGGAAAAAUCGGUUGCGAUUUCAUUCAGCAAAGGUUGUACGACUUUCAAGGAACAGGGCAACCAGAUCCGAGUAUACCUCUCGAUUUUCUCAGUCAGAUGAGGCUAAACUGUCCUGACAACAGUAAGAACAAUUUCAGCAGCAACGGCACGUUUUCGACGUUUACAGCUUCAAAGCCAAUGAAUGUUCAACUCUCUAAUGACAAAGGGAUGUCAUACAUGCAAGCAUUGUCAUCUGCAGUACCAUCUGGAGCAUCUUUUGACACUCACUACUAUCAGAGUUUGUUGAGAGGAAGAGGGUUAUUGUUUGCUGAUCAACAGCUGAUGGCUCAAGAGAAGACUGCCAGAUUGGUUUUUGCUUAUGCUUCAGAUGACGGAUCAACCUUUCGGAUGGAUUUCGCAAGGGUUAUGUUGAAAUUGUCUAACCUUGAUGUUUUGACUGGAAAUCAAGGUCAGGUUCGUCUGAAUUGCUCCCGUCUUGUAAGCUCUUAAGUGAGUUGGUUCAUAUAAUUCAUUCUGGUUUAGAAAAUUUGUUCUCUUCCUAUGCAAGUUUUGGCCAUGUAAAAUGACAAAUGUUACAGAAUUUAUUGAUUUUGAUGGAACUGUGUUAAAAACUGUUUACUUUAGUGUUGCAAGGCUGCAAUAAAUAUAAACAAAUCAAAGUGUUCUGUUAUGUUUUAUUAAAACUUGGAUUCCAAGGUAUUGAAGUA